AUCAUAUCCUCCAAGCUUGAACGCCAAGAUCGAGAUCGCCGGAGAUGAAGGCGCCGCCGCCGCCGUCGCCGGUGGCCAAGAGGGCGCGCGUCUCGCCGUUCGUCUUCCUGCUCGUGCUCUUCCUCCUCCUCUUCUCCUUCCUCUACGGCGAAGACCUCAAGGAGCUCCUCGGCAGCCAAGCUCAAGCGCGGCCGAGCCUCCACUUCAAUGCCGCCGCCGCCGGUGAUGGGAUCGAGCUGCCGGCCGCCACGGCGGCGACGACCGAGGGGAGGACGACGACGAGGAGGUGGCGGGGGCGGCUGCCGUUCGCGGCGAACGGCGACGGCGAGGAGGAGGAGGAGGAGUGUGACGUGUUCUCGGGGAGGUGGGUGCGCGACGAGGCGGCGCGGCCGCUGUACCGGGAGGCGGACUGCCCCUACAUCCCGGCGCAGCUGGCGUGCGAGGCGCACGGGCGGCCGGAGACGGCGUACCAGCGGUGGCGGUGGCAGCCGCGCGGCUGCGCCCUCCCGGCGUUCGACGCGGCGGCGAUGCUGGACAGGCUGCGCGGGAAGCGCGUGAUGUUCGUCGGCGACUCGCUGGGGCGCGGGCAGUUCACGUCGCUGGUGUGCCUCCUCCUCGCCGCCGUCCCCGACCCCGCCGCGAGGUCGUUCGCCACGUCGCCCGACCAGCAGCGCUCGGUGUUCACCGCCGCGGCGUACAACGCCACCGUGGAGUUCUACUGGGCGCCGUUCCUCCUCCAGUCCAACGCCGACAACGCCGCCGUCCACCGCAUCUCCGACCGCAUGGUCCGCCGCGGCAGCAUCGGCCACCACGGCCGCCACUGGGAGGGCGCCGACGUCAUCGUCUUCAACACCUACCUCUGGUGGUGCACCGGCCUCCAGUUCCGAAUCCUGGAGGACGGGCCGUUCGACGCCGGCGGCAACUCGUCGACGACGACGUGGGUGUCGACGGAGGAGGCGUACGCGAUGGCGUUCCGGGAGAUGCUGCAGUGGGCGAGGGAGCACAUGGACUUCGCGACGACGCGAGUCUUCUUCACGAGCAUGUCGCCGACGCACGGCAAGAGCCAGGACUGGGGCGGCGGCGAGCCGGGGGGCAACUGCUACGGCGAGACGGAGAUGAUCGGCGACGCCGCGUACUGGGGCUCCGACAGCCGGCGCGGGGUGAUGCGGGCGAUCGGCGAGGUGCUCGACGGCGAUGGCGCCGACGUGCCGGUGACGUUCCUGAACGUGACGCAGCUGUCGCUGUACCGCAAGGACGCGCACACGUCGGUGUACAAGAAGCAGUGGACGCCGCCGACGCCGGAGCAGCUCGCCGACCCCAAGACCUACGCCGACUGCGUCCACUGGUGCCUCCCCGGCCUGCAGGACACGUGGAACGAGCUCCUCUACACCAAGCUCUUCUACCCUUGAAAAUAAUUAAAAAAACAACUAGAAGCUUCUAGAACAAUCCAUGUAGGAGUAUUAUGUAAUGUAUGCAUGCAGGCAUGCAGCUAGGCCGCGGCAUCUAGCUAACAUGGUUCAAUAUUUCGGAAAGAAAAAAAAAGGUAAAAAAAUCCUUCCAUGAAUCUAGAGAACACCUUUGACUUCACCAACUCUCCCUUUCUUUGGUCGAAGUAAAAACAUUUUAGGGGACAAAAAUUUCAGAAAUUUCAAUCUAAAAUUUUAAAAUUGAACAAAAUCUAACUGAGUUCGACCAAGAUUGUUCUAGAUUUUUUUUUAAAAAAAAUCAUUUUUUAAGAGGAAGAAACAUCCUAUAGCUAGCUAUAAGAAAACAUAAGAAACAAGAAGUGCACAUUCUAGUAGCUCUUUUAGUGGCAAAUUAAAAUGUUGUGAUUUGUUUUCCUUUUGUUUUGGUCAAUUACCAUAUGUGUCAAUUGCUGUGCAGCAAUGUAGCCUUGAUAUGCUGCUAAAAAAGGAGAAAGCAGUUAGCAUUUUA